UGAAUGUAUAUGCAACAUGCAUUUAACAUCUUCUGCGAUGGUUUAGGGGGAGAUGCAGGCAAUGUAUUUGUAGACUAAACCUCACUUUUACAUACAUGCACCCCAUAUAUAUGUACAUAUAUAUAGCCCAGAAAACCUGUAACACAAAUAAGUAUACGCUCUUCAACAAAUUCACAAUUUAGGUUAAACGCAAUAAAAUCUUGAAAAAAAAAAAAAUCAAUCAAGUACUACACUUUUUUGAUAAUUUCUUUGUGCUUUUCGGUGGAAUAUCAGAUUCUCUUGGUGGGUUAUUCCCAGAAGUUACAAAGAUGCCUACUUUGGUUAAUUACUGUGGUGAUGAUAAACAUCAUACGGGAGGAUCAUUAUGUUCCAUGGAUUCAAACCGUUUACUUUCCAUUCUUGAUGUUUAUAACCACCCUUGCAAACGUUCACGAAUCAAUGAUUCAUAUAGUCUUUUUUCCAAUAACAAAAACAAUCAAUCAAUCGAAAUCCUCCCGGAUGAAUGUCUUUACGAGAUCUUCCGGCGAUUAUCUGGCGGCAAAGGGAGGAGUGCCGCCGCCUGUGUCUCACUCCGGUGGCUUACCCUUAUAAGUAAUCUCAAAACCUCAGAAAUUAUUGAUAAAGUCAAAGUCAAAGUCAACAACGAGUUUUCAUAUGAUGAUGAACAAGAGAACGAUGGGUAUCUCACGAGGUCUUUAGAAGGAAAGAAAGCAACCGAUACAAGACUUGCUGCCAUUGCGGUUGGAACAUCUGCCCGAGGUGGAUUGGGCAAGCUUUCGGUCAGGGGAAGUGAUAAAGUGACAAGUGUUGGAUUUUCAGCGAUUGCCCGAGGCUGCCCAAAUCUUAGGGUUCUUUCUUUAUGGAAUGUUCCCAUGAUUGGAGACGAAUCUUUAAUCGAAAUCUCCAAAUGCCAAUUUUUAGAAAGUCUUGAUCUUUGUCAUUGUCCUUUAAUUUCCAAUGAGGGUUUAAUUUCAAUAGCCAAGAACUGCCCAAAUCUGUCUUCUUUGACAAUCGAAUCUUGUAAAAACAUUGGAAACGAAAGCCUUGAAGCCAUUGCCCGGUGCUGCCCGAAUCUACAAUCACUCACCAUCAAAGACUGCCCGAAUGUUGGUGACCAAGGUGUUGCUACUCUUUUUUCAUCAUCUUUGGUUCUUACAAAGGUAAAGUUUCAAUCUUUAGAUAUAACGGACUUAUCACUAGCGGUGAUCGGGCGAUACGGGAAGUCAAUUACCAAUCUUGCCCUCACAAACCUUCGAAACGUGAGCCAAAAAGGUUUUUGGGCGAUGGGUAAUGUGGGAAAUCUUGAAUCUUUGAUGUCCUUAACAGUAAUUUCGUGUUGUGGGAUCACGGAUUUGAGCCUUGAAGCGAUUGGAAAUGGUUGUCAUGCUUUAAAACAUAUGGUUCUUAAAAAGUGUUGGUUUUUAUCCGAUAAAGGGUUGGUUUCGUUUGCCCGAGCUGCCCGGUUUCUUGAAAGCUUGCAGUUAGAAGAGUGUAAUCGGGUAACCCAACAAGGGAUUUUGGGUACUUUGUCGAAUCAAAACUCAAAGAUGAAAUCUUUUUCGGUUGUAAAAUGUAUGGGGGUUAUAGAUUUAGACGAAAAAGCCAUUGACUUUUUCGAAAAAAGUCAAUCUUUACAUUCUUUAACAAUCAAGAAUUGCAUCGGGUUCGGAAACAAGAACUUGGAAAUGAUCGGGAAGUUAUCUCCAAAUUUACAUAAUAUUGAUCUAACCGGGCUCUCCGGAAUCACCGAUUCUGGCCUUUUCGACUUACUCAAAACCCACACCGCCGGACUUAAAAAAAUCAACCUUACCGAUUGCAUAAACUUGACCGACAAAGUGGUGGUGGAUUUGGUCAAGAUCCAUGGCGGAACCCUAGAACUACUCAAUCUUGGCGGGUGCCGGAAAAUCACCGACGAAAGCAUGGCGGCAAUCGGAAGAAAUUGCGGACUUCUCAAAGAUCUUGAUGUUUCGAAGAGCGGAAUCACGGAUUCCGGUGUUUCUUGGCUGUGUUAUGAAGGGAAUAUGAGGUUGCGGGUUCUUUCUUUAUCGGGUUGUAUGGUUUCGAAUAAAAGUAUGUUGUCUUUUGAGAAAAUGGGAGAGACACUUGUGGGGUUGAACCUCCAAAUGUGUAAUUUGAUUAGUAGGAGUGCGAUUGAGUCACUUGUGGUUAAUCUUUGGAGAUGUGAUAUACUUUCUUAAGUGAACCGGUUAGGGUUAUGGUCCGGUUUUUUUUUUUUUUUUUUUUGGGCUCAUUUUGGGGUUGGU